GGUACAGGGCAUCAAUCAUCCGAUGCGAGGGACUCGACGCCGGUGAAUAAACGAGUCACAUUUAACAAGAGUUUGGACGGAAUCUUUAUGGGAAGUGGGGGUACCAAUACGAGAGAAGAUUUUGACACGAAAAUCUGUAUUUUUUGGUGUCGGAUUGACAUCUUCCUUAUCCAUAUUUGUUUGAAAUCUCCCGGUGCAAAUCACAGCAGUAGCACGCUAACGCGUUCUAUCGCACUACAUCUGUAGUUGUUGGUCGGUGACAAACUAGCUACCGUUAGUUAGCUGUAACCAGAAUAUGGAUAUUUUUGUAAAGACAAUAGAGGUGACUGUGCUCGAACGUUUAGCUGAUUUUACGUUAUGACCUGCUAACGUUAGUACUGUAUUGGAAAUCUGACCGCUAAACCCAUUCCUCUGUAGUCAGUGGUAUCAAGGUGACGGAUGGAAGUAGCUAAGCUAAAGCCACUGGACUUGUGAACCGGUGAAGAUAAACUAACUAUGGCUAAUGCUAUGUGCCGUGGAAUGUUGUACGCUAGCUAGCGACACAUUGAGUAACGAGCUAGCAGCUACCAUGAAUUAUAUUGUGUUAGCUAACCUCCGACAGAUGUUGGGUGGUAUGUCGGCAAUCAAAUGUAAUAUGUAAUGUAUACCACGGGCUUACACCAUGUAUGUGGUUGGCCUCGUCCUUGUCAACCCCUGUGGUUGACACAAGUAUCGGUUUUUAAAAGCAAACAGCGGGAUAAAAACGCUGUCACCGGGUAGUGGUGCUGAAAAGAAAGAACAUAUUUUCUGUCGCUAGCUCGCUACAGUACUGUAGCAAUGGGAGCUAGCUAGCUAUGUAGCUAGCAGCACAUUAUAGCUAGCUCACCCCCCCAGAUUUUAUCAAUGGUGUCUAAUAAAUUUUUAUUCGCAAUAAUUCUAUUAUAUGUGUAUAUAGGUGUACAGUCAUUAUUUUACUUUUUUGGCGGCGUCGUUUUAACUAUUUUGGUUGCUAUGGCAUUUUUAAAUGGACCCAGGCUAUUAGACUGGGCGAAUUCACCUCCUCAUCUUCAAUUCAACAAAUACGUCCUGACUGGAUACCGACCAAUAUCUUCUGUCCAAGACUGUAUAAGAAGCCUUUUUUACAUGCACAACGAACUGGGAAACAUAUACACACAUGGUAUCCCUCUGCUCUGCUUCCUGUUCCUCAUCCCGCUCAACUUCCCCUGGUCCCAGAUCAGUGUGACAUGGCUGGGUGUGGUCCACUUCCUGGCCUGCCUGUCCCCCCAGCUGGGCUCUGUGCUCUACCACCUCUUCAUGAACCACGAGGGAGGAGAGCCUGUCUACCACACCCUUCUCACCCUCGACAUGUGUGGCAUCUGCAUGAUCAACACGCUGGGAGCGCUGCCCAUCGUCUACAGCACCCUGCUGUGCUACCCAUUCACCCGCACAGUGGCUCUGCUCGUCUACAUCCUGCUGUCCAGCUACGCUAUCUACUCGGCCAUCACGGCGCGGAGUAGCGUGCGGCGCCUGCGCUCCUUUGCCUGGCAGGCCCUGUUCCGCUUCUCCUUCUUCCUGCUGCGCUGGGUGGGCGUGGGCGGCGGCAGCCCCACCUCGCUGCAACACUUCCUCACCAUGGACGCGCUGGCUGUACUGGGCGGGAUCAUCAACAUCUCACGCAUCCCAGAGCGCUUCCGCCCGGGCCUCUUUGACUACUGGUGCAACAGCCACCAGAUCAUGCACGUGCUGGUGGUGGGCUCCAUCCUCUACCUGCACUGGGGUGUGCUGGACGACCUGCUCUGGAUCAACAGCCACCACUGUCCCUCAGACUGAGCCCC